AUGAAGGGCACCCUAGGAAGAUUUCAUUCUGAGCCAAGACUUCUUCUGGUUUUUUUCCCUGCACUUGUUGGUGGAGAUGGCCUUUCCCGAUAUCACACAGAUUUCCAUGAGAUUGAGGUUCUGAAGAGAAUUGAUGGUUGCAUGUAUGCAGUGAAACAUAGCACAAGACCAUUGCAUCAAGACACAGAAAGGAGGAAAGCUUUGAUGGAAGUUCAAGCUUUGGCAGCUUUAGGAUCUCAUGAAAUGAUUUUUUCAGUUAUUGUUAACAUCUUUUCACUUGAAAUUUAUCUACACAUUGCCAAGGCCUUGCAAUUUACACAUGAGAAAGGAAUAGCUCACCUAGAUGUAAAACCUGAUAACAUUUAUGUCAAAGAUGGUGUUUACAAACUUGGUGAUUUUGGUUGUGCAACUCUUCUUGAUAGAAGCCUUUCAAUUGAUGAAGGUGAUGCACGUUAUAUGCCACAAGAAAUCUUGAAUGACAAGUAUGACCAUCUUGACAACGUUGACAUGUUCUCCUUGGGAGCUGCUAUCUAUGAACUUAUUAGAGGCUCACAUUUGCCUGAAUCACGAUAUUUGUUUUUGAAUCUUAGAGAGGGAAAGCUGCUGCUUCUUCCUGGCUAUUCUUUGCAAUUCCAGAAUUUACUCAAGGCAAUGCAGGAUCCAGAUCCAGUUUGGCGGCCUUCAGCUAAAGAACUAGUAGAAAAUCCAAUUUUUGACAGGCUCCAAAGAAAUGCCAAAACGAAUAAACAGGGGAUGGAAAAGAUUAUGAAGUUGCAAAAUUUUUGGCAAUAGGUUUUUGUCCACUGGAUGUACCAUUUUUCCCCUCAGCAUGGUGCAGAUUUUGUAAGUUGUCAAAGAAAACCUUGAGGAUGCUGUAAUCUUUAUUGUGAUGGAAUGCAGUGCUAAUGAAGAAGUCGCUUUGAUUUUGGUGUAGCUGGUUGUGACAUGAAACAGAUAUCAGCGAUAAAGUUUACUUGACAGUGAGGAUAGCAUUCAAGAAGUCCCUUCAAUACAGGUUUGCCAGUAAUUUAUUUUCCUAAUAAUCUGGAAAGUUCUGAAUUUCUAUGUUUGUACGUUUACAAUUGUCGCCUUCUAUUUUGAGCUUUCAUCCUUGUUAUUUAUGUGUUUUUAGAAGAGAAGCUGUCAAAAUAAUGUUAGAAUCAAUGGAUAAACAUCUCCAUCAACCUCAUGCCUUGUCUGCUAUCCAUAUAACCAACCUUGCUUAAUCAUUUGUUAGAAAAACCUGAACACAUAAUCCAAUUAAGCAUUGGCAUGUAGAUUGCAUUAGGUUGUGACCAUUUCUUCUUUGUAUUACAUGACUAAUAAGUUUCUGACAUCAAACAAAACACAUACACAUGCACAUUUAUCAUUCA